AUGUCAGCCAGCAUUCACCGGACACCCCUGUUGAAGGUUCUCAGCGAGCAGGACGCCUCUUCAAUUGCCAUUGUCAAUCAGAGCUCUGGCACAGCAUUCUCGUAUGGGUCACUGCUUCGUGACGUUGCACGAGCGCGGCAUCGACUCUUGAAAUCCGUCGGCGACCGUUCAUUGACAGGCGAGCGGAUUGGAUUCAUGGUCGAGAAUGGUUAUGGUUACGUAGUCACAUUCUUGGCCAUCCUGGCUUCCAGUGCCAUCGCCCUGCCUUUGGCACCUUCUCACCCUUCGAGUGAGUUGCUUUACAUUCUCAACGAUAGUGCGGCAACGGUGCUGAUGUCAUCCGCUACAUAUGUCAAGCAGGCUGAACAAGUUCUCCAAGAGGGAUUGGAUAAUGUCCCUGUUCUCCACAAACUUGACACAUUCGACAAGCAAAAUGAAGAGGCAAUCGAAACGGAUUGGACAGACGCACCCAGUGAUGUCACCUCUGGCAUGAUGCUCUACACCUCUGGUACAACAGCACGUCCCAAGGGUGUAUUGCUCAGAGAAGCGAGCCUGCUUGCCCAAGCGCACAGCCUUCAUGCAGCCUGGAAAUAUCAGCCAUCGGAUCGGCUUCUGCAUAUUCUGCCUCUGCACCAUAUUCAUGGCACCGUCAAUUCUCUCCUCGCACCUCUUCUUGCAGGUUCGAGCGUCGAAUUCAUGAUUGGAUUCAAUGCCGAACAAGUCUGGUUUCGACUGGCAGCACCAUUCCUGCCUAUCAACGGGAACGGCAUGAUCAACAGCAUGACCAACGGCACCAGCAGCAAGACAAUAUCCAGACCUAUUACUUUUUUCACAGCUGUGCCUACAGUCUGGGCUCGUAUGCUAGAUGUCUUUACUUCCUUGUCUCCUGAGCUUCAGAUCGCUGGCAAGGAGGCAAUCUCCGUGAGGCACCUUCGCCUCAACAUCUCUGGUUCAGCUGCACUUCCUGCCCCAACCCGUGAUGCUUGGACCGAGCUCUCUGGAGGUAACGUUCUGCUCGAACGUUACGGUAUGACCGAGAUUGGUAUGGCCAUCUCAUGUGGCCUAGACUAUAGCGACCGCGUUGAGAGUUCUGUUGGCUGGCCUCUACCUUCCGUCAAGGUCCGUCUCGUUGAGAAGAAUGAUGAGACGGGGGAGGAGACUAUCAUUGCGCAUGGAGAGGAAGUGGACUCUGCGACAGGCGAGGAGAAACAAGGAGAGAUCCAGGUCUGGGGACCAACCCUUUUCUCCGAGUACUGGCGAAACCCUACCGCAACUGAGAGGGAGUUCACGCCUGAUGGGUGGUUCAAGACUGGUGAUAUUGCGAUUCGCCGCGCAGUUCCGGGCUCAGGUGAGGGAAAAUCUGGCUCAUGGGCUCGUGGCCCAGCAUACUUCAUCCAAGGCCGUCGGAGCGCGGACAUUAUCAAGAGCGGUGGAGAGAAGAUUUCCGCACUAGAAAUUGAGCGUGAGUUACUCAGCCAUCCGAACGUCAGUGAAUGCGCAGUGGUUGGCUUGCCAUCAGUGGCUUGGGGCCAGAAGGUCGCGGCAGUGGUUGUCUUGUCAGAGGCAGGGAAGACGAGCACUAAACCGUGGGGAGUAAAAGAGAUGCGACGUGACCUGAAGGCUCAUAUCCCACCCUUCAAGAUCCCCCAGGAUCUGGAGAUUGUUGAGUCUAUUAAACGCAAUGCGAUGGGCAAGGUGAACAAGAAGGAUUUGAUUUCGGAUGUCUUCGGCGAUGCCGAAAGAAUAAGGAGGAGGAGCAUUAGUAGUCGCAAGUAA